AACACAAAACCCCAAAUAAACCAGAACCGAGUCGGAUUGUUGGGGAUGUGAAGGCUGGUCAACAGUGUAGAGCUGAAGACGAGGAGCCUCGUGCCGAUUGGUUUCAUGAAGAUGAUGUGAGGAGAGCGGAGCCGCUCGCGCUAUAAAAGCAGCGUGUGUGCGCGCGAGCGGCUCAGAACGAGGGAGGAGUGUACCAGCUGGCCGACACAGAUCAACCUGAACAGGAUCCUCACAGAGACGCACAGCACGCAGCCAUGAGCGAGAGGCAAGCAUCUGGAGCUAUGACUGGAAACAUCAAGCCAUCUGCUGGCCAAGAUGAUAAGAAGAACGAUGUCCCAGAUGACUUCGACAUUGACAUGAAGGACCCUGAGACUGCGAAGGCCGCCGUGGCCAUCCAGUCCCAGUUCAGGAAAUACCAGAAAAAGAAGCAGGAUGUGAAGUCGUAGAGUGGACCGGCUGUCAGCUGGGUCCUCACUCCACGUGGGAUGAAUCUUGCAUGUGAAUCAAACUGCACCGUCAUGAACUGAAAAGGAGGGGUGGAGGUUUCUGAAGGUGGAAGUCAGGGGUGGGAUGGCCGGGUGGGUAAAUAGUAUCUCUGUGAAAGUUUGUGUGUGAUUACUUACUUCAAAUAUCUAUUAUAUUUAAAAAGUUAUCAAGUUCUGAAUGUGUAUUGAAAUCUUACCUUUAAUUUAGCUUUUUCUGAUGUUUACUUGGAUGACACUUCACAGUUUAGCAGCUGUAGAGCUUAAAGUUUGUCUUACUUAACACUCAGUGUAACAUACCUAAGUUAAGGACUGGCUGAAAAAGGUCUUCUCAUUAACUGCAAAACUUUGAGUCUAAUUCAGGAGGAAUAUAAAGCCACAUGCAUUUCUGUGAUUAAUCAAAACAUCGUUCUGCUCCUCUGGGCGUCUGUUAAAAGCAUCUCCCUCUGGCUGGGUAAAAUGAUCCCACACAGUUAGCAGUGCUUUCUUUCUUCACGACUGUUGCUUUUAAAAUCUAAUCAAUAUGUAAUUUGUAUCUCAACGUCAGAGGUCUUCCCUCUGUUGUGUCUAUUUUCAUCAGAAGACAAACCUCUCCGAGCUGUGUAUUUUUGUUGCGAUUGUAGAUGUUGUGCUCGUGGUUUAAUUCCCCUCGUGUUCCUUUCCUCGUUUUUUGUUCUGUGAAUCCAGUGUAGUUUAAACUAUGCCAUUGUUCUGUUGGCUCACAUAAAUAUAUAUUCUGUACAAGCACAUUGGAUUAUGCAUGCACGCUUGCAGAGAUGGAUACACACACACACAAACACAAUUACACACAAUUACACACACUUACACACACACACACACACACACACACUCACAAUCACAAUCACACACACAUACAUUUACACACAAACAGAAAUAAAUAAAGACAUUGG